UGAACUGUCCGUAGCUCAGUGUGGUGCAGGACGCCCAGCGGAUGGAAUGUCUGGGGGCAGCGGUGAUGGCGCCCCGGAGAGGGAUGACUGUGGCCGUGCGGGUGUGAGGAAGGACAGUCUGCCGUUCAGCAGUGAAAGGUAUAACCAAGAUAACAGGUACACCAAUAACGCCAAGAACUCAAUAAAACCUUCCCCCGUUGAUCAUGACCUUGGCGAUGGACCAUCGUUGUUGUCCAUCAGUGUCGACCGUGAGGUCCUGCGGCUGCCAAGGGUUAUUCCUCGCCCCUCCUGGAGGGCUGAUCAGGGUUAUCAAAGACUCGGAGUAUGUCGCCAGAACACAAGUGAGGUUAACAUGGAGUUAGAAGACUCUUCUCACAACCUGGAACAUGGCGUCCGAGGGUCUCCAAAGUCGAAUCAAGAAAGAAAAGAAAAAAGCCACCUUGAUAGUGGUAAUGACUAUAAUUAUGAUUAUUCUCAGGAAAAUUGGAUUCUGCGAGAUUCUAUGAGCCAACAUAAGAGGUCAGAGAUGGGUCCUAGACGAGACCACAUACCAUUACCCAGACCUACAAGACGUGGUAACACACGACUGGACGCAAGGGAGCAGGGGAAGGUGACGCAAGAGCAGCCUCCACACGUCUCCCACCACUGGGAUGACUGGGACGCAACACCAACUGACACAGAGGCCGUCAACCUACUGGUUGAUUUACUGCCUUCUCAAAUAGAAAGAAAAACAGGUACUCUGAGGCUCCGGGGGGUGGCGAGGCCGGCGGACCCCACACACGCCCCGCGCUCACCACGACGCCCUGGACACCAGCAUCACAGCGAGGCGGAGAUCGUGGAGGCGCUGGAGAGGGUGAAGGAACAACCGUGGCCGAUGGCCAGACGCAGGACGACACGGCAACAACUCCUCCAGGAACUGGAGGAGCAGGAGGCGAGGUGGUACUCGGUGCGUCCCGUGGCCAGGGCGGUGAGGAAGGGCACCACCUCACUCACCAACUUCCUCUGGGCGGCUGAUCCAUUGCGCAGAGUGCUCAAGCGUAUCGAGGGCAGGUUCGGCACGAGUGUGGUGGCCGUUUUCAACUUUAUACGAAGCAUGAUGCAGCUUAACCUGGUGUUGGCACUGCUGUUACUGGGAGCAGUCGUGGUGCCCUCGGCAUACUGGACCAAGAACCUCAAUGACCAAGACUACACCUGGCAGGUCACUGGGGACACCUCACGCAGGACCAACAUCAUUUGCUCGGACCUCACAUUGAAAAAUAGCACAAUGGCACGAGAAUGUAACAGAAACUACACAGACUAUAUACAAGAAGAAGUGAUAAGCCACAAACAUAAUGUAGCAGAUCUCUUACAAGACUUUCUCCAGGGAACUGGCUUCCUGGAGUGGACGUUGCUCUUCGCCGGCUACUACCCUGCUUACGCCGGCCACAGUCACUACACCAUCAGCUUGGCUUACAUUCUUACUGUCCUCACCGUCUACCUCGUGUCUCUUGUGUAUGUGGUGUACUUUGCGGCCAAAUUCCUUCGCCAGUUCAUGGUGUCGUCAAGUAAACAUUCUUCGACUUACUCAAACACCAUCUUUGCUGGUUGGGACUUCACGGUGAGCGAGGCAGCUGCGGCUCGGAUUGAGCACACUAUUUUUGUCUGUGGUGUGAAGGCAGCGUUUGACGAUGAAAAGUACAUGAAGAAGCGACUAGAUCCUACAAGAUGGGAUCGAGCUACACUUUAUCUCACUCGAGUUCUCAUCAACCUAUUGGUCUUGGCUCUGGCUGGAGGAAGUUGGACUGGAAUUUACUUCCUUGCGAAACACUCCCAGAAGUUUGUAAGUUCUUCAACCGAAGACGUUUUUCAAGAGUUUAUUUGGCAAUACGCACCCACAGCGAUAGUGGCCCUUCUGAACAUUCUCUAUCCUUUGAUAUUUAAAUUUAUGGUAAAAUAUGAACAUUACAGAGGCCGUACUGAGUUACUGAUCACUCUAGCUCGGUGUGCUCUUAUCAGGCUAAUGUCUCUAUCCAUACUUGUCGUUACGAAACUUACAUUAAUUUCUCAGCAUGCAGAUACCUGUGAUCCCACAGUCAAUAAAUACAUAUGCUGGGAGACUCACCUUGGCCAGCAGGUAUACUCUGUUCUGGUUCUGGACCUUCUCAUUCAGACUGGCAUGACUUUUGUGGUGAACACUACAAGAUGCGGACUUGGCCGAAUUGAUAACGCAAUAUGUAAAAGGGUGAGCAUAAUAGAAUUUGAUGUCCCGGGUCACGUACUGGAUGUGGUGUACGCCCAAGCCAUCUGUUGGCUGGGAGUACAACACGUCCCACUCAUGGCACCAUUGUGUUUCAUCUACUUCUGCAUACUUUUCGUUCUUAAGUUGUUCACGGUGCAAUACACUUGCGUGCCGGCGGCCAGGUUGUACCGCGCCUCGCGCUCCGCCGCCAUGUUCAUGACCGUCCUCUCCUUCGCCCUGCUGGUAUGCAUCAUCCCUAACGGCGUGGCCAUGCUCUCUCUCACGCCCUCCAAGGCCUGCUCACCAUUUCGAGGACUCAACUACCAAUGGCAGUCUCUUACCUACUAUAUCUGCAACAUGGACGACUCCGCCUCUUGGAUCAGGUGGGUGUUGUGGAGGGUGGACGACGCUGUGGUGGGGGUGACGGUGCUGGUGGUGCUCUGUCUCCUCCUCCUCUACUACGUCUCCGUCAACAAGGCCCGCAGCGCCCUCGUCAACAGACUGGAGAAGAAGCUCAGACUGGCGGCCAAAGACAAGACCUUCCUCGUGCAAGACUAUAAGCGUGCGGGUGGACACAAACACAGGGAUACUUGUAGCAUACCGGGAGAGGGGGAGAGGGCGUUCAUCUACUCCCCGAGCCCGGCCUGAGGCCAGGUUCGACGCCAGAGCCUAAAUUAUUAUACGGAGGGUUACUAACAUGAACCUACACCCAUGUCGCCGUUAGCGCCCUUACCACUAACGCCAGCAAACACCCAGACAAACGAGAACAUGUACUCUAUAGUGUAAUUAGGAAAUAUUCCGGAAACAAAUUUAUAAACCAUUAGUAUGGUUCUAACAUUAGUUAAAGAAAGUGACCCAACAAAGUGUACAGCAGACAACUGGCGCAAGUGCUCCUAGUGUGGAAGGUGCUCGAGAAAUCUGUGAAACAAGUGAAGAUAAUAGUUACCAUUCACCCUUUACAGAAAAAGAUGCCAAUGAUGAAUUUGUAGGAAAAGUCAGCACCGCUCCAGUCAUGGAAGGACAACGGAGUCUACUACAUUUGGUUAAGCAUCUAUGACAUUAAAUUCACUAGGAGUCUAAUCUAUGAGGAAAUGUCUCUGUCCAAAGUUGAGAGCCUGACGUUAGGGGCUUGUCACAUUCAUACCCUCCACGAUGAUUGUCACAUUCAUACCCUCCACGAUGAUUGUCACAUUCAUACCCUCCACGAUGAUUGUCACAUUCAUACCCUCCACGACGAUUGUCACAUUCAUACCCUCCACGAUGAUUGUCACAUUCAUACCCUCCACGAUGAUUGUCACAUUCAUACCCUCCACGAUGAUUGUCACAUUCAUACCCUCCACGAUGAUUGUCACAUUCAUACCCUCCACGAUGAUUGUCACAUUCAUACCCUCCACGAUGAUUGUCACAUUCAUACCCUCCACGAUGAUUGUCACAUUCA